UCCUGAUUCACGUGUUGUGACAAAACCGAAGAGGAGAAUCUGGUGAAAUAGUCCUCGUAUUAACGAACGUAGUCGAGCGCAGACUAACUCGUUGGAUAUAAAAGAUUAUUCUUUUGCCACUGCCAGUUUAUUUGGACUUAACAGUCGCGCGGAUUUCAGCUUAUAAUGGCCGCCGUUGACAGCUUCCAUCUUUUGUAUAGAGAAAUUGCCAGAUCGUGCAGUUGUUAUGUGGAAACGCUGGCGCUCGUGGGUGCGUGUUACACGGCCAGCAAGGCUGUGAUAUUUAUAAGGGACUGCUAUAGCCUGAUAAGGCUUCACUUCAUUCCUCGUCUUGUAUCCCGUAGAGAUCUUAGUCAGCAAUAUGGACAAUGGGCUCUUAUAUUUGACGCUUCUGAGGCAAUAGCAAAAGCAUAUGCAGAGGAACUGGCUAGACAUGGCAUCUGUGUGAUUCUGAUCAGCAGCGACAUCAAUAGCGUAGCUGACACUGCCAAAGCCAUUUCAGACACUUACGGGGUAGAGGCCAUUUUAAUCGAAGCCGAUUUUAGCCAGGGCCUCUCAGCCUGCAAACCAAUUAAAGAUGCCGUCGGCGGUAAAGAUAUUGGAUUCAUUGUUAACAGCCUGGAUGGCUCUCUGGACCCCUCUCAAGGCUUUAUGGACCUCUCUGAAUCUGUAGUAUGGGACACUCUCAAUAGAAAUGUAGUAGCUGCCACUCUUGUCACCCGUCUGGUUCUGCCCAAUAUGGUGGACAGGGGAAAAGGAGCAGUGGUCAACAUUUCUGCUGGGCGCUGCUUGUGUCCGACUUCCAGAAAGGCUGCUCUUUCCGCAUCUACGGCUUUCCUUGAUAGCUUCAGCCGCUCUCUGCACUACGAAUACGGUCAUCGAGGAGUCUUCGUGCAGAGUUUGCUGCCUUUCCGAGUCUCCUCUCAAGCGUCUGAGGGUUACAGUCCGGCUGGCUGGCUGGUUCCAAGCCCGCAGGUGUAUGCCAGCCAUGCUCUUUCAACUCUGGGCAUCUCUCGCCGAACCACGGGAUACUGGCCUCACACCAUACAGUUUGGACUGGUGCAGUGCAUUCCAGAGUGGGUAUGGAUGCUGGGAUCACGCGUAUUCACUAGGACCGCCUGACCGGGAUGACUCCUCUCCAAGACCUAGUUUUUGAAAUUGAUUUUGCAGAGUUUUUGACCGAACUUAAAAUGACACGAGUGAUAAAAAUGUUGAAACUGAAAACCAACACCUCACCUUGUCCCUUUAUCCCAUAUACUCCUGAGUCCUGAGUAAAAUGUCUCAGCUCUUCAGUAUAUCUGUUUGCACAAUUAUUUAUUUUAUAUA